AUGACUGAUACUGAUGAAUCCCAGGCUUCUGGCUCUGAUUACCCUGAUGCCCAAGAGCUAAUAUGCAGUCGUCAAAAAAACCCAUAUAAGAUACACUCAUGUGAAACACGAGCAGAGUGUUCACGUUCAAGGCAGAAGAAUGCUGCUCCCGGGAAGUCUUCAGAUGAGCUUAACGGUAGAUGUAAGUCGUCAGCUGCUUCAGCUGAGGUUGUACUGGACAGCAGUGAUUCAGAAAUUGAUCUACCUGCUGCUAGUGGCAGUGGGUACCAUCCUAAGUGCUCCACUGCGCCUUCAAAGCAAAAAAGGUCUCAGUCUUCAAGGCAACAGGAUGAAUCUGUUGCAGGAGUGCCAGACAAUGAAAGCUCUUCAGAUUCUUCUCUAUCCCCUCAAAGUCCAGUGAAAUCAACAGAAACUUCCAAAAAGCAGAAAUCAAAACUCAAUUUGAAAGCCAUUUUUGCCUAUCACUUCAGGGGAAAGAAGUUUAAGGCUGCUGCACACCGAAAAUACAAAGUUGGCUCAGGGAAGAAGAAGAAGAGGAAGUAUGUGAGCACGCAGAUGCCUACGGGGAGGCCACCACUGACAGCCUCACCUCAAGAACAAAAGAGAAGGCUUUUAGACAGAGGUUUUCAAUUCCCUUUUGUUGAAAAACAUUAUGGGAACAAAGAUCUUCCCUUGAAGAUGGUUCUUGCCUAUGAGCAAGCAGCUGCGAGGGGAUAUUUCCAGUACAUUGAAGUGCUUAAAUAUGAAGAGCAUCUUAAAAAAGCUUUAAAAGCCCUUCAGGCUAGUGAAGACUUAGAAAGAGAAUGUAUAGCAGUACGGAAGCACAAAUAUUUAGAUGAUGAAGGCCCCAUUUCCCCUAUUCAGGAGACAAAUGAUGAUGACAGCUUGAAUUCUGAUAAUCAAGAAGACCUUGAUGCCAGAGUAGUGGAUAACAGCUCUUUCAUUAUAAGCAGCAAAAUUCCCAGUAAGAAAAAAUCAAAGCCAGAAAUGAAACGUGCAAGAUCGACGGAAGUGAUUGAAAUAGAGGAGGAAGAAGACUGUGCUGCUGAGAACUCUGGCUGUCUGCAAGGUUCACAUCAAAGUAUCUUUUUGAAGCGGCGUUCCUGUGACAUCUGGAACACAGUGGAAAGCCUCUACUUAAGGGGAGCCUGCCUGAUAGUCCAGUCUGAACUAGUGUCUUGGUGCUUUAGGAUACAGAAAGAUGUAAAUUUUGGUGUGUUAAAAGGAUUGUCUGUGGAAGAUAACCUGUUUGACAGUGUCUGUGGCCAAGUCACUGCAUGUCAGAGGGGGAAGCACCACUUGAGUGCCACCAAAGCAAGUCUGAAGGUGCUGUUGCUGUGA